AUGAUCACAAGACGCGCCUCACCGUGCUUGAGGCUAGCAAGACACAUCAGGUCUCCAGCAAAGACGCGUCAAUAUGCCAGCUUCCAGAUGCGACGCGCCAGCACGUCGUCCGCUGGCACAACCGCAACACCACAGUCUACAGCAUCUCAGCUUGGCAUGAUCACGAACGAGCUUGACAGAUUGUCACCCCAAUUUGACAUACCAGCGGAGUCCAUAGAGAUACUGCGGUCGCCGACCGACUUCUACGAGACGCUAAAGGCAAAAAUCAGAAAUGCCAAACGUCGUAUAUACCUGUCCACGCUAUACAUAGGCUCCAAAGAGCAUGAGCUUAUCGACACCCUCCGAGAGGCACUCAAAGCGAACCCUGACCUGAAGGUAUCACUCCUCACAGACUAUCUACGAGGCACACGAGAGGCGCCGAAGCCAUCAUGUGCAAGUUUGCUUGCUUCUUUGAUCGAUGACUUUGGCCCAGAGCGGGUCGAAGUACGGUUGUACCACACACCGAAUCUUACAGGCAGGCGGAAAUCGAUCAUCCCGAAGCGCAUCAAUGAGGGCUGGGGUCUGCAGCAUAUGAAGCUAUACGGAAUCGACGAUGAGAUAAUCAUGUCCGGAGCGAACUUAUCAAACGACUACUUCACGAAUCGCCAAGAUCGAUACCAUAUCUUCAAGUCGAAGGCAAUAACUGACUGGUUUGGCAAUUUGUAUGGCUCCGUGGCCAGCUUGAGCUACCGUGUCUUGCCUUCUGACAAGGAAGAGAGUGGUUUCACUGCACUCUGGCCGGAGACAAACAUCCAGCCUGCUCCUCUCGAUGAUCCGAAACGCUUCAUCGAGGCCGCUACGAAGACCUUGCAGCAGUACACCGAGCUGCCACCAAUGUCUGCGGCCUCUCAGAGCGGCGAUACCCAGGUAUAUCCGCUUGUUCAGCUGACACCGCUACUGAAACCAGACACCUCAACGGAGCUGCCAGCACUGACUGGCAUUCUCCGCAAACUCGGCACUCCGGGGUUUGCAGGGUCGAAGUGGACGUUCACUGCAGGCUACUUCAACAUGACUCCAGAAGUGCGCCAACUCCUGCUACAAUCCAAGCCAUCGUCAGCCACUGUAGUAGCAGCGUCGCCAUGGGCCAAUGGCUUCUAUGGUAGCAAAGGCGUCAGUGGCAUGCUGCCUGCUGCGUACACUUACCUAGCUCGCCGCUUCCUGGAUGCCGUUGCUCGCGAAGGACUGAGCAAGCAAAUCUCCGUGAAGGAGUGGCGUAAAGGCACCGUCAACGAGCCUGGAGGUUGGACUUAUCAUGCGAAGGGGAUUUGGCUCACCUUACCAGGUCAAGAACAUCCAUGUAUCAGCUUGAUCGGAAGCUCGAACUACACGAAGCGCAGCUACUCCUUAGACCUCGAAGCCAACACGCUGAUCGUCACGAAGAACCCUGACCUCCAGCGACGGUUGGGUGAAGAGGAGAAAUGGCUGCAAGAGUAUGCGACACCCAUGACUCGCGACGACUACGCCAAGACAGAGCGCCGAGUGGGUUUGCAUGUACGACUAGCGAUGUGGAUCGUAACAUUAGUUGGAGGAGCAUUGUGA